UGGGCUUCCGACCGCUUUGCGGUGGCGGAUGGACUGGCUGGCUGUGGAAGCUGUGAGAGAGAUAAAUGUGAACGUCAGCCCGAGCAGACCGUGGUACGGCUUGCGCGUGGGCUGUGGUGUCCGGGCGGGAAAGGCCGUUCGUCCUGGAGGAAGCGGAGUAGAGACGCGCCGGCAUCUCCCAGCCCUCUGCUAGUGUAAUGGAGACUGAACAACAGGAGGAGACCUUUACCAACACAGAGACAAAUGGCAAACGUCCUGCAGAAGAUAUGGAAGAAGAACAGGCCUUCAAAAGAUCUCGGAAUACAGAUGAGAUGGUUGAAUUACGCAUUUUGCUUCAAAGCAAAAAUGCUGGAGCAGUGAUUGGAAAAGGUGGCAAAAAUAUUAAGGCACUUCGUACGGAUUACAAUGCAAGUGUUUCAGUCCCAGACAGCAGUGGCCCCGAGCGCAUCUUGAGUAUAAGUGCAGAUACAGAGACAAUUGGAGAAAUCUUGAAGAAGAUUAUCCCUACUUUAGAAGAGUAUCAACACUACAAAGGUAGUGACUUUGAUUGUGAAUUAAGACUUCUAAUUCACCAAAGUCUAGCAGGAGGAAUUAUUGGUGUCAAAGGUGCUAAAAUCAAAGAACUCAGAGAGAACACUCAGACCACCAUUAAGCUCUUCCAAGAGUGUUGUCCUCAUUCCACUGAUAGAGUGGUGCUUAUUGGUGGAAAACCUGAUAGAGUUGUCGAAUGUAUCAAGAUUAUCUUGGAUCUUAUCUCUGAGUCUCCAAUUAAAGGACGGGCCCAGCCUUAUGAUCCCAAUUUCUAUGAUGAAACAUAUGACUAUGGUGGCUUCACAAUGAUGUUUGAUGAUAGAAGGGGACGUCCAGUAGGUUUUCCAAUGCGUGGAAGAGGGGGCUUUGAUCGAAUGCCUCCUGGUCGUGGUGGACGACCUAUGCCUCCAUCGAGAAGAGAUUAUGAUGAUAUGAGCCCUCGCAGAGGACCUCCACCACCUCCGCCAGGUCGUGGUGGCAGAGGUGGCAGCAGAGCUCGUAAUCUUCCUCUUCCUCCUCCACCACCUCCCCGUGGCGGAGAUCUUAUGUCUUAUGACCGAAGGGGUAGACCUGGAGACCGUUAUGAUGGAAUGAUGAUGCAGUGUCAUGUGGAUACCUGUGAUGACAUGCAGCCACCAGAGUUGUUUGAGGGUGGCUCUGGAUAUGACUAUUCUUACACAGGGGGCCGUGGUUCAUAUGGAGAUCUUGGUGGACCCAUCAUCACAACACAAGUAACGAUUCCCAAAGAUUUGGCAGGAUCUAUUAUUGGAAAGGGAGGCCAGAGAAUCAAACAAAUACGUCAUGAGUCAGGAGCUUCAAUCAAAAUUGAUGAACCACUAGAAGGCUCAGAAGAUCGAAUAAUAACUAUUACAGGAACACAGGACCAGAUACAAAAUGCUCAGUAUUUACUGCAGAACAGUGUGAAGCAGUAUGCAGAUGUUGAAGGAUUCUAAUGCAAGAUUAUUUUUUUCUUUUUUAUAGUGUGAAGCAGUAUUCUGGAAAGUUUUUCUAAGACUAGUGAAGAACUGAAGGAGUCCUGCACCUUUUUUUUUUUUUUUUUUUUUAAAUAUCUGCUUCUGUUUAAAAAGCCAACAUUCCUCUGCUUCAUAAGUGUUCUGCAUUUGAGGUGUAGUGAAAUCUGCUGUUCAUCAGAUGUAAUGUUCUAGUUCAUUACAAAUAUUUGGAGAAGGGAAAGGCCGCACAAGACUAACACUGAAAUUUUGAAACAGCAGCAGAGAGUGGAUUUUAUUUUUGUUCGUUAUUGGUGAUAAAUUGUAAUGAUUUUUCUGUAACUAUUGUGAAAACCCUGCUUUAUGUAAUGUACAAUGUAUUUUUUUUUUUUUUUUUUUUUUUUUAAGGGAGGAGAAGACUGGUCAUCCAUGUGUCCCUGGCAUCCUUUGAGAACAGUGUGCAGAAUGUAAUGCUCUUUUUUAAGAUAUAUAUUAUGAUUUUUAAAUAAAUUUAGUGAACCUA